AUGAAUAACACAGACCCUACAUCAUUUCAAAGUAUUCUAGCAGGAGUUAAAAAACUUAGAGAGAAAAAGGGAGGUGAAGUGAUAAAUGAGAAUAAGGAACGUCCUCCUCAAGCUGAAACAACAACUGAAACGAGUAAGGAACCGGUGAAUGUGAUUAAUGCCUUCAAUCAACAGAGGAUACCAAUCAAUACUACAUCGAAUACAGACACAAAAGAUGCCUCAAGAAAGAGACCAUUUAGUGGAAAUAAGCAUGGAAAAACCGUUUUAGUGAAUACAACGCAAAAAGAAAAUCCACUAUUAAAUCAUUUAAAGAAUACAAACUGGCGGUAUAUAUCCUCGACAGGUGGAAAUAAAAUAUAUUAUGAUUACUUUAUAAGAGAAAGGGCGGUACUAUUCCUUACCUUAACUUAUCACAAAUUAUAUGCUGAUUAUAUUACAAGACGUAUGCAUCCCCUUUCCCAAAAUGAGAACAACAUUUUAAUAUUUGUCGUAGAUGAUAAGAAUUCAGAAGAUACGCUGAGAGACAUUACUAAAAUGUGUAUGUUCAAUGGAUUUACUCUACUUGUAGCGUUUAAUUUUGAACAAGCAGCCAACUACAUUAGAUAUUUAAACGAUUAG